UAGGGGUUAGAGCAUUCCGUGCGUAAUUGCAUUGGAAGCGAUAAUUGUACUAAUAAGAAGAGGAGAUCACGUGCCGGUACGAGGGCGGAGGCAAGGCGUCGGCGGCGGCGGCGCGGUCGGUGGCACGGCAACUGCUCGUACCGUAUCGUAUUGGUAUUUCAUUCCAUCAGCGGUGGCCGGAGUAGGAGGAACGCAGCCGCUCUCGCCACCUUUUCCACUCUAAUUUUGCUCUGACCAGAAUUAAGGAAGGGUUGGGUCAACCACUGUCUCCUCGUCGGACUCUGAUCUCAAUUGCGGUGUUUUGGCUGAUGAUCAUUUUGUUUGUUUGUGAAAUUUUGCAUUGGCAAGAAAAUCGUCGUGCUCUUGCUUUGGUAAUCUAGAAAUCUUAAGGUCAUGGCUGAGAAGACAAUUAUAGCUAUUUGUCAAUCAGGCGGUGAAUUUGAGACUAGUAGAGAUGGUACGCUUUCAUACCAUGGAGGAGAUGCCCAUGCCAUUGACUUGGAUGAUAAAAUGAAGUUUAAUGAGUUCAAGAUGGAAGUAGCAGAAAUGUUUAAUUGUAAUUUGGACACUAUGUCGAUCAAAUACUUCCUCCCUGGCAACAGGAAGACUCUCAUUACUGUUUCCAAUGACAAGGAUCUAAAACGCAUGAUAAAGUUUCAUGGAGAUUCUGUAAGUGUUGAUAUUUACAUAACCAUGGAAGAAGUUGUUGCUACUGCCGUCUCAAAUUUGCCUGCCAGCAGGUCAAGCAGAACUACUUUGUCAGAAACAGUGGUACCUGUUGAUGGUACUCCUCUUACUAUUAUUCAUGGUAUUGGGGACGAUAAUACUCACGCUGAUAUCCAACUUGAUGGUGUGCUUGAUGUUGUGGAUGACACAAACCCUAUAGUUAAUCACAUUGAUAUAGGAGGUGAUAUUACACCAAUUCUUCCUCUUCUUGGUUCAAAUGAUGAGAAGCAUGGCAAAGGUGCACAGCAGUGGCAGAAUACCAUUACUGGCGUGGGUCAAAGAUUCAGCAGUGUUCACGAGUUUCGUGAAUCACUACGUAAAUAUGCCAUUGCACAUCAAUUUGCAUUCAGGUACAAGAAAAAUGAUAGUCAUCGGGUGACUGUUAAAUGCAAGGCUGAAGGUUGCCCUUGGAGGAUUCAUGCAUCAAGGUUGUCAACCACUCAAUUAAUAUGUAUUAAGAAGAUGAAUCCCACACAUGCAUGUGAAGGGGCAGUUACAACUACAGGCCACCAGGCUACAAGGAGUUGGGUGGCCAGUAUUAUUAAGGAGAAACUAAAGGUUUUUCCAAAUUACAAACCAAAGGAUAUUGUCAAUGACAUCAAACAGGAAUAUGGAAUACAAUUAAACUACUUCCAGGCCUGGCGUGGGAAAGAAAUAGCAAAGGAACAGCUUCAAGGUUCAUAUAAAGAAGCAUAUAGUCAGUUACCUCUUUUGUGUGAGAAAAUAAUGGAGACUAAUCCAGGCAGUCUUGCCACCUGCGACACUAAAGAAGACUCGAGUUUUCACCGUCUCUUUGUCUCAUUCCAUGCCUCGUUAGGUGGUUUCCAACAGGGUUGUCGUCCUCUUAUUUUCCUUGACAGCAUUCCUUUGAAGUCGAAAUAUCAGGGAACAUUAUUGGCUGCUACAGCUGCUGAUGGUGAUGAUGGUUUUUUUCCUGUUGCAUUUUCUGUCGUUGAUACAGAAAGUGAAGAUAACUGGAGCUGGUUUCUUUUACAAUUAAAAUCAGCGUUGUCAACAUCUUGUCCUAUAACAUUUGUGGCAGAUAGACAGAAGGGUUUAACUGUUUCAAUUGCUGGUAUAUUCAAGGGCUCGUUUCAUGGCUACUGCCUAAGGUACUUAACCGAACAACUUAUUAGAGACUUGAAAGGGCAAUUUUCCCAUGAGGUGAAGCGACUCAUAGUUGAGGACUUCUAUACUGCUGCUUAUGCACCUAAACCAGAAAAUUUUCAGAGGUGCGUUGAAAGCAUUAAAAGCAUUUCAUUAGAGGCUUACAAUUGGAUCCUACAAAGUGAACCCCAGAAUUGGGCAAAUGCAUUCUUUGAGGGUGCUAGGUAUAACCACAUGACAUCGAACUUUGGAGAGCUGUUCUACAGUUGGGUUUCAGAUGCGCAUGAAUUGCCUAUCACACAAAUGGUUGAUGCGAUCAGGGUUAAGAUAAUGGAGUUGAUCUAUGCACGGCGAGCAGAAUCUGACCAAUGGUUGACAAGGCUAACCCCAUCCAUGGAGGAAAAGUUGGAGAAGGAAGGCCACAAGGUUCAUAGUCUUCAAGUGCUAUUGUCUGCGGGUAGCACAUUUGAAGUUCGAGGCGACUCUAUUGAAGUUGUUGACGUUGAUCACUGGGAUUGUACUUGUAAAGGGUGGCAGCUUACUGGAUUACCAUGUAGUCAUGCAAUUGCAGUCCUUGGCUGUCUUGGCCGAAGCCCUUAUGAAUUUUGCUCCCGAUAUUUCACAACUGAAAGCUACAGAUUAACGUAUUCAGAGUCGGUACAUCCCAUUCCCCAUGUUGACGUACCCAUACAAAAAGGUUCUUUACAGGCCUCGGUGACUGUAACUCCUCCUCCUACGCGUCGUCCACCUGGUAGACCUACAUCAAAGAGAUAUGGAUCCCCAGAGGUGAUGAAACGUCAGCUUCAAUGCAGCAGAUGCAAGGGGCUCGGGCACAACAAAUCAACCUGCAAAGAGUUUCUGCAGAGUGUUUGAUAUUGAUUGUGAAAGAGGAAGGGUCAUCCGAGAGCUCCAUUGUAUAAAGGACUGGGCUGAACUUAACACUAUACCUAGCUGUACUUAUUUGCUUCGAAUGACUGACUUUAGAUGGUAGUCUCUCUCUCUCUCUCUCUCUCUCUCUCUCUCUCUCUCUCUCUCUUAGUUGGUUUUGCUAACUUUUGGUAUAACAGAGAACAAUAAUUUUUAGGAAAGCAAUGAAAAUAGGUGUAGGUUUUUUGACUGGCCUCACUGAAUUACAGACAUGGAGCAAAUAUGUUACGGUUUAAUUUAUUCUCAUCUCCAAAUUUCCAGUAUUUUUAUAUAUCUCUCUCUUCUCUUCCUCAAUCCUCCCCUCAUAGAAGAAUAGUGAGAGAGAGGAUGGUGAUUCCAUUUCUUAGCUAUUUGUUAGGUAGUCCAAAAAAGAAUAAAAACCUACCAAGCAAAUGUUGAAAUUUUUUUACAGGAAUUCAUGGAUUUUUUAAAAGUUGAGAAAGUGACCAAGUUCAUGGGUCACAAUUAAAUUUAAACCUGUUGACCUUUUUGUUAAGAAACACUUGUCAAAAGUGUAAAUUAUUUUCAUCUAAUAUGUUCUAUUUAUCAAGAAUUUUAAUACAAUUAGUUAUCGAGAUUAUUGCCAAAAAAUGGGAGGUAUGUCAUUUGUUUAUCUUACAGUUAAUUGGGAAAAAUAAUUAUUAUUAGAUGAGACUUUGAGGUUGAUGCUUUCCUCAUUCUGAAACUCAUAUCAAAUAGCAGAAGGCAGCAUAUAGCAUAUAUGCAUGUCUUUUAGCGGGAAUGGUAUAUCAUAGGGGACCAUCAACUUUGGAAGGUCUUCAGAUUUUCCUGCAGUUUUUAUUACCUGGUGGCUUCUACUGCCUGCUUCAUGCACAUUAUGAAAAUCCAGAUAUUAGCAGAACGUGAGGAGAAAAUUCAAAACUGAGGUCAAAGAAAUACGCAAAGUUUUCCACUGAGAUCUUUGCAACAAACAGUACAAUUUGGCAAUGGAAUUUGAAGCUCAUCUCAGCUCAUAUGAGCACAAUCAUCGAAAGGUGUGAAAUGGGGAGUUUCCUCUUAAAUAGUCCUUAUCUUGCAGAAUCCCCUGCUCCCCUUUCUUACUUUGGAUGGUCCUAUGAAGUUCCAUUAAAUCUAAUAAAGCAAUGUUGGAUGAUAUUGCCGCGUUUUAAAGAAAUGAGAGAAAUGCAUGGUACAAGCAGCCAAGAUGACAGAAACAAGCGGGAACAGCAACGUGAAGAGAAAGAGAUGGCAAAAUUUUGCUCAAAUUGCAGAUGCCUGUAAGAAGCAGCAGCAGAUGCUGGAUCAACAAGAAAGAUCAGCCAAUGCUCCUGUGUCUACUGAACUUAGAAAUGCUACAUCACUUGCAGAUCUGGAUCAGCGGAAAACAUUAAAAUUUGGAUUGUCUCCUAAAGGUGGCACCUCAAAGAACAUUUUUGGUGGAGCCACAAAGAAACCGAAAGUAGCUACUGUGGCUUCAGUUUUCGGGAACGAUAACAAUGAUGAAAAGCAGAACAUUUCCCAGGUUGCAUCUUGUAUCAGCAUUAUGAGGUGUUGUAUCUUUAAGGAAUGCCUUCUCGCCCCUAACUUGAAGUUCCUGCUUCAUAUGAUGGCUACUCAUGAUUUUCUCACUGGUUCUUUCUUCUCCAUUUUGUAUUUUGAGGUCUGUGAUUGACUAAAUGUAUUGGGUAUUGGUGAGAGGAAGCUAAAAUACUCAAAUGCUGAUUUACUGUGCAUUGAUCAACUAGUGGAUGCCUAAGUGGAUGCAGAUCAUUAUUGGAUUGAACCACUA